AUGGAAAUGACCAACGCCUCAGCUCUGCACGCUGAUGCCACCCGGAGGAGCCACUGCAGCAGAGCGGGUUGGUUGGCUCGGGGGCAGUUUUGGGUGCUUGCGGUUGUUUGUUUGUGGCGUCUCUGUCGCUUGGCGGGGUACGACAGAGGCCGCGGGCGACCAGGGACACGACAAGCCAGCCCGCGGCGGCAGCUCUACUGCCGCACCGGCUUCCACCUGGAGAUCUUCCCCAACGGCACGGUGCAGGGCACCCGGCAGGACCACAGCCGCUUCGGGAUUUUGGAGUUUAUUAGCCUGGCAGUGGGGCUGGUGAGCAUCCGUGGGGUGGACUCCGGACUCUACCUCGGCAUGAAUGAGAGAGGCGAGCUCUAUGGGUCGAAGAAGCUGAGCCGGGAGUGCGUGUUCCGCGAGCAGUUUGAGGAGAACUGGUACAACACCUACGCCUCGACGCUGUACAAGCACCCCGACUCGGAGCGCCACUACUACGUGGCCCUCAACAAGGACGGCUCCCCCCGCGAGGGGUACAGGACUAAGAGACACCAGAAAUUCACCCACUUCUUACCCCGGCCUGUGGACCCUGCCAAAAUCCCUGCCAUGUACAGAGACCUCUUCCACUACAGGUGAUGGCUCCUGCAGUGGCAGUGUACAUACUUGGGCUCCCGAGCUUUUCCCCAGAGCACUCUAUUAGUAGUCAUUCCAUCAUUCCUGUAAGCGUAGAUGACCUAGGGAAGCACUUACAUUGAAUUCAGACACUGCUGUUCCUCCUUGUUUCCAGUGUAUAUGGAACCUGGGUUAUUUAUGGGGUUGGGGGUAGGGGAAGGGAGGGAACCCUACAUUUAAUCUUCCAUUUUCGUUCACUUUCGUUACCCGGUUGCUGCAAGAGAGGCUGAAUAUUCAAUGUUGUGGUUGCUUAAAGGAAUGAGCUGGUCAGCAAACCUGAUCACUGGGGAAAAGAAAGCCCCAGAACAACCUAAAAAUGAAGAGAAGAAGACAAAGACCACAGAACUGCUGCAGAUGCUGCUGCUGAGCUGGGAUGGCUCCCUGCUAAGGAAAAGCCUUUGAGUGGUGCCCUGCUUAAGCAGCCUGGGAGUUUGCUACAUGGAUGAUGCUCCGUGGACUGGUCCUGAUUUGUGGGGUUCUUCCUGCUGUUGGGGUGGGAAUGGGGCAAGGAACAUUAUUCAGAUGUAAGCAUGGAUACUGUGCAU